ACAGGGAAUCAAGCAAAGGAAUGAUGAUUGGUCUGUCGUCAAGGAGGGAGGAGGGGAGAAUGGGAAACAGAUACACGGGCCGAUGACACGGCUAAUGACCGGUGUGACCUUUGAAAAGCGGCUCCUUCGCUCUUCUUCAUUUCUUUGACCCCUACCACAACGAUAACGUCCCAUGGUACUCACGAAACGCUCUAGACCCCGGAAAGACAGCGACUCCGCUUCAGAUGAAUCGACAUCACACCAAACGGAGGAGCAGCUCCGGCAAGACAGCAAGAAAUCGAAGGGAGAAGCCAAAGGGUUGAAGCAUGGAGAGAUGUCCUUCCUUGCGACGCGAAGGUUUCUGUUCUCUCUCGGCAUACUUUUCGGCAUUAUGCUUGGCUUCUCCUUGAUUGACCGAACGGAUAUUGAGGGGAUGCAGGCUCAACUGCUGCUCUUCAUGGAUGAGUAUGAUAUUUCUCUCCCAGCUCUCCCAGACUUCGACUUUUCUCGAGUUGAGGCUGAGUGGAUCCGAUUACGAAGCAAUAUUCCAGAGCUAUGGAAAUUCAAUCGUGAUGGUCGAGAAUUUCGGGUCGGUGAGAAGAUGGCAGAGAGAGGACUGUCAGCCAAAUAUCCCGUCAUCCUCGUUCCCGGCGUCAUCUCAACAGGACUGGAGUCAUGGUCUACUACUCCGGACUAUCGUCCUUUCUUCCGUGAGAAGUUGUGGGGAGGAUUCAAUAUGCUGAGCCAAGUCACAUUCAACCGCGAAAAGUGGAUCGCGGCAAUGAUGCUUGAUCCAAUCACUGGCCUAGAUCCUCCAGAAGCCAAGAUAAGGGCCGCCCAGGGUAUAGAUGCAGCUAGCAAUUUUAUUCAAGGAUACUGGAUCUGGUCCAAAAUUGUGGAGAAUCUAGCCGUCGUAAAUUACGAUACUAAUAAUCUGUUUCUGGCGCCAUAUGACUGGCGCUUGUCCUAUUAUAAUUUAGAGGAACGGGAUGGCUAUUUUUCAAGACUGAAGUCUGUUAUAGAGAAUUUUAAGCGGAAGGAGAAGAAGAAGACGGUUAUCGCAGCACACUCAAUGGGCGCCACGGCAAAGGCAAUGGCUGCCUUUCUGUCCGGUGAAAUGAAAGACACCGUACAAAUGAAUCCUAUGGGCUCUUAUGUACUUGAACGCUUUUUCUCUCGGGUGGAACGUAGGAAAUUGUUCCUCACUUGGGCUGGAAGUGCUAGCAUGUGGAUCAAGGGUGGUGAUGCAAUCUGGGGAAAUGCUCACUUCGCACCAGAUGAUCAACUCCAUUCAAUACACAGUCAUGGAGAGUUGAUUGCUUUCCGGGAGUCGCGGAUGAUGUCAGCAGGAAGCGACAGUGUAGCAAACAUGACUUCUGAACAAGCCGGAACAUGGAUUCUGCAACACACGCCCGCUACCUUCCAGAAAAUGAUGGCAACCAACUAUUCUGUUGGAAUAGAACGAGACGAAGCGAACUUGAAGCGGAAUGAUGGCGAUCAUACGAAAUGGUCGAACCCGCUAGAGGUCAGACUACCCAAUGCGCCGUCUAUGAAAAUGUAUUGCGUUUAUGGACACGGGAAAGAAACUGAGCGUUCAUAUUGGUAUGCAAGAGGCGCGUAUGAACAUGACGGUAACUCCAUCGAUGGCUUGAACCCCACCUGUUCAGAUGCUGCUGAUGAUGAAUGUGUAUCCGAACGAUCCCCAUUAAAUAUGCCUUUAACGAGGAAGAGUUGGAUUGAUGCAGAUUAUACCAACGAGACCGUAAGUCCCAAGGUUCGCAACGGUGUCAAAAUGGGGGAAGGCGACGGAACAGUUAGUCUUCUCAGUCUUGGCGCCAUGUGUGUCGAGGGGUGGAAACGACCACGCUGGAACCCAGCUGGUAUCAAGGUCACUACGGUUGAACUGCCGCAUCAGCCUAUUCCAUCGAUACCGCGCGGUGGAGCAAACACGAGCGACCACGUCGAUAUCCUCGGAUCUACGGGCCUGAAUGAAAUCAUUUUGAAGGUGGUGACGGGCGUAGGUCACGAAGUGGAGGAAAAUUUCGUCUCUAAUAUUCGAGAGUAUGCGCAGCGUAUACAGUGGGACCUUGACUAGCAGAGGGAGCUGGCGCGACUCUGCUCCAUAGACAUAAAUAUUACGUCUGUGACCGGCAAACCCUUUGUGGUAUAUUACUAUCAGUACAGGACUAUACUUGUGAUACUCUUAAUUAUGCUGUUCUAGUUGCGAAGUGUCGAUCCCGAGGAAAUUCCUCGCUGGUCGUCGCUUUAUAGGGAGUGCAACAGAGAGGCCACAACGUGCAUUGACACC